AUGAAGGCGACUCUUUUCGCUCUCUUCCUCGUUUCCCUCGCUCUCUCAUGUGCGGCCCACAGGAUGCCGCCCGGCUUUGGCCGGGGCGGCGGUGGCGGCGGCUUCAGGUGGGGCCAGGGCGGAUGGGGGCAGUUCGGCGGCCACCCAGGCACUCGCAUCGGAGCACUGGCGGCACGCAUGCUGGGAAACAACGUGGCAGACGCAUCAGGCACAGUCACGGGCGACGUCAACGCUACGGGCGUCGUGCUGCUUGCUGUCUACAAUUACAGCGGAGACUACAACAUUCGUUACGGCGCCGCAGUCAAGCUCACCGAUGCGGGCCUGCCCACAUCCAUCACCAUCAAUGACAACGCCACGUCAGCAGUCGUCCUGGAUUUCGGCGCCAGUGCCACGUGGACCAAUCUUACAUGGUCCGGAAACUGCUCUGCACUCACCGCCAAUGGUACCCUGAAGCGCGGUGCCCGCCGCCAGCCGCCCUUCCCCAAAUUCUUCGGCUUCUUCCGCCCGCCCGUUCCCUCGGGAUUUGUCUAUGGGUUUGCUGGGAUGUGGUACAACGCAAGCACUAUUACCACGGCAGCCGGUCCGACUUAUAAGGAUGUGAUGGAUCUGCUUCUGGCGAAUCCUUCUUCUUACUAUGCGGUUGCUUCCACUGAUGCGUAUCCCAAUGGUGCUGCUCUUGGGUCCGAAUCGGCCGCGCCGGCGCCGUUCUCACCUCCUCCCGUCACGGUUCAACCUCCCGUAUCUUCUCCUUCUCUCUCGCUAUCGCUCUUCUCGCUUCUCCCGCUGUUACCGCUUAUCGUCGCCGAUCGGGUCCUCGCGGAGCCCGUUCCGCUCUUCGAGAACGGCGCCGACGUGCUGACGGCUGCGGGCAGCGGCGAGCCCGUUACCAACGGCAUCAUUUCGCUGCUCUUCGGCAUCGCUGUCGUCGGAUUGGUCGUGCUGACUGGCGGGGUGGCGUACCUGGCAUACACGGACUGGCAGGACAAGCGCGAGAUGGAGAAGCUGGCAGCAGCAGAGCCAGUGAAGCGGCCAACCGCCACAUCGGAGAUCCGCGCUGCCAUGAAAUCACCUCCCCGGGCCACGCCCAAGGGUCACCCGUUUUUCCCCGACCAAUCAGAAGCCGUCCUCUCCCCAAGCGAUGAUUCGCCCCGGUAUUCCCGAGGUGCCACGUCAGCCCGCUCCGGCGCUCGCGGGGACGACAGGCUCGGGAUCCUGGCGCUCACGAGCCGCUUGCUUGACGACAUCCCGCAUUUCUCGCCGCAACUGUCGGGGCUUUUCCUCAUUGGAUUGCUCCUCUCGCUCUCCUGGUUGGCGGGCCGCGUGCGGUUCGGCCUCCUGCCCGUGCUGCUAGUGUGCCUGUUCGUGUACCAUGAGCUUUCAAACGACAAAGUCAGCCCCCUUCGUCUCUCCCCCCUCCGUCCUUCCCACUACCCACAGGUGUCCAAGAGGCAGCGGGUGCGCGAGUUGAUGGCGGCGCGGGUGGCGGCGCUACAGGCGGUGCUACAGCGGCACCCCAUGGGGGACUCGGAAACGGCGCACUGGCUGAACGCGCUCGUGCAGCGCGCAUGGCCCGUGUUCCUCGAACGACUGCUGUCCACCCAGCUUGCUCCUGCUCUCGCCCCUUGGUUCUUUGAAAAAUACCUGCCCUGGCAGGCGCGCAAGGCGUGGUUAGAGCGGGUGUAUCUGGGCAGUUCGCUGCCCGUCAUUGCUGCUGUCCGGGUCGUUCACACCAACACCCUCGACGACCACGUGGGUGAUGUCAUGGGGUGUGCCUGUGGUGCCGUGAUUUUGUGGUAUGGUAUUGCUUGGUAUGGCAUGAUGUGGCAUGGUGAUAGAAGCAGCCACGGAGUUUGCAGCGUGCAGCGACAUGUACGCGCUGGUGGGGGUGAAGAUGAGGCGGCGAGUGGCACUGGGCAUGGUGGCAAAGGGGCACGUAUCGGGCGUGCACAUAGAGGGCAAGACGAGGAUUGGGAUGCAGUUCACCUCGGAGUUCCCGUACGUGAGUCGCGUGCGAGUGAGCUUCGUGGGGGCGCCAUUCAUCGGCCUCACCGUCAAGCCCUCAGCCCACCUUGGCUUUAA